AUGAAUUCGAAACUGUCACUUGUUUGGUUAGUAAUACUAGGUUCUGCAGUAGCUUCGUCAGAUUCGGAAGGAACCGAUUUCGUUUUUUCAUUUGUUCGUAACGCUGAUCCGAACCCAAAUGUACCAAACCAAGUUCUAUCCAUUACUGUUCUAAAUGGAGGAAGUACCAACAGUUGUAACUUAACUGUCACGUAUAGAGAGACCUUUGAAGGCCCUGUUUCAUACAAGAGUGUAAUGGUUGCUCCACUAUCAGCGGUUGAUAUACCUAUUCCAUCCUUCUAUGGAUUUGCUUAUGCUACUGUCGGUGGUGUUCAAAAUCAGUUCCUGGCUCAUGAAACUCUUUAUGCACAGUCAUCAUGCCCUGUUACAGUUCUUGCAAACAACUAUGACAACCAGACUCUUCAAGGAGAAACAUUUACUGUUUUCCCUAAAACCUUUGGUGGUUAUGCUUUCUCUUUCUCUCUGCCCCCAGUAAUGAUGAUGGAGCAGUAUCAGCAAGUAACUUUUUUACCAACACAAGGCUCGGCUAACGUAAAUCUGAGAAUUCCGGAAAUUCAAGCUUCACAUCAAUUUGCGAUUAACGACAUCAAUGGAACCUCGUAUAUUGCGUUAAAAUCAAGCACGAAAAGUCAAUCCAUUACUUAUCAUAUCACUUCUGAUGCUCCGAUCCAAAUAGUAGCCGGAGUAACAUGUAGCGGAGCAAUAAUCAACUCGUGUGAUCACAUUUGUUACAUGCCUCAAUAUAUUGCCAGUGCAGAAUGCUACUACGACAAUGUGAUGAGGGAUGAUCACGUAACAGAAUUAUUGGACAACCAGUUAUACGCUGACAUCUCAGGGUCUUGUCAAUCAGCUCAAACAGUCAUUCUCAAUAAUGGAAAUGCUGCUCAAGAAAACAGUGUCUCUGGUCAGCAACCAAGCGAACCUCUUGUUUUUGACGGAAGCACUGCAGGUGCAUUUUACGUGGAAGCCACGACAGCAGCCGUACAUGUCAGUAAAUACUUCGAUGGAAGCGUUAGAGCAAUUGGUUCUUACAUCACAACAGUUCCAUCUAUAAGCCAAAUGAUUUCAUCCUCCUCUUACUUCUACACAAGAGAUCCCAACAGUGUUAUGACAAUCAGUUGCAGUAGGAUGGCAUGCAGCACCAUAUACAUGGAUGGCACUCUUGUAUUCGGAACAAACUUCACUUACCACGGAAAACUGAAUAUCGGCAGCGAGUCUUACUACGUUUUGGCUCAAACUGUAGUAGAUCCCGGCUUUCACACUCUUAGUUUCCGAGAAGAAGCCGCUAAUAAGCAAUACGCUUAUUACAUCAGAAGUGCAGAUAACCGUUAUGCAUACACCGGUCAGAUAAAUGUUCCUAAUGUGAACAUAACAAUACCGCCUACCACUACUCCCGGCCCAACCACUACAGCCAAAACAGUUAUCCCUAUCACUCAGUCGACGGUCAAGCCUAUGACUACAGCUAAGGUCGUAACCACAGACAAACCUAUCACUCAGGCGACAGCCAAGCCUAUGACUACAGCUAAGGUCGUAACCACAAGCAAACCUAUCACUCAGGCGACAGCCAAGCCUAUGACUACAGCUAAAGUUGUAACCACGGACAAACCUAUCACAACUCAAAGCCCUAAAAGUACAACAUCGGCUAAUAAAGGAAGUCCUGCAACAAGUCCUUCAGCCGCUACUACAAAGAAUAUCAUCACUACUUCUCCAUCCAAAGCUCCUCCAGCCUCUUCAUCCACAAUCGCCCCCCCACCGUCAUCAGGAACAACAAAAACUGUACCAACUACUAAACCGAACACCACAACAAUAAAGACAACAGUUCCCACCAAUCAUCUCUCUACUACAACAGAACAUAAGUCAUCUUCAGUU